GCCAUUCUCGCCACAUUUGGAACGUUCUCUCCCCAACCACCACCCACAAACCCCUCAAAAUGUCCGACCGCGAUCUCCAAGACAUCCUACGCAAGCUGAAGUCCUCCCGUGACUACGCCGACAUCCCGUCCCUCCUCUCCAAAGCCAAAAUCAACCUCCUCAAGCUCAAAGCCCUGACACCAACCCCCAGCACACCCUCCUCCACGCUCCUUCUCGCACGCGAAGUCUUCGAGACCGGCGCCUUGCUCUCGAUUCGCGCCAAAGACCCAGCGGCAUUCACACGCUACGUGCACCAACUCACACCUUUCUACGAGCUCCCCUCUUCACGAUUACCGCCAACAGGAUCGGAGAAAAACAAGAUUACGGGGUUGUAUCUACUCUUGCUAUUGACACAGGGAGAUUAUGCCGGUUUCCAUACGGAACUUGAGGGUUUGGAGUUGAGGGAAGGCAGAGUGGGUGAUGUGGAGAAGGAUCGGUAUUUGGGGUAUCCGAUUAAGCUGGAGCGGUGGCUGAUGGAAGGGAGCUAUGAUUUGGUCUGGAAGGCGAUGGCGAGUCGGGAGGUACCAAGUGAGGAGUAUGGUGUUUUCAGUGAGAUCCUGACCUCCCAAAUCCGCAGCGAAAUCGCCUCUUGCAGCGAAACAGCCUACCCGUCCCUUCCAAUCUCCUCAACCAAGGACCUCCUCUUCCUUGACAGCGAAGGUGCCGUGGUCUCCUUCGCCCAGAACAGAGGCUGGCUCAUCAAGGACGGCCGGAUAUACUUCCCGAAGCAGAGUCUGAAGGCCAAUGUCGAUGAGGAAGGAAACGAGAAACAGGAGUUAAGCGCGAUGGCUAUUGAAAACACUUUAGGCUACGCGAGGGAGCUAGAGACGAUUGUUUGAGCCAAUCUUGCUCCUCUGCAGCGAUAUUGCGUCGCAUGGUUAGUGCAUGAUGGAGAUGAGGCAUGGCCUGAGCAUCAAAGAUGUAUUCUAGACGGCGCUUUGGCGUACCAAACAAGACGACAAUGGACUGCAUAUGAUAUGAUUCAACCCC